UGUGCUUAUAAAUAAAUGUCAGCGCAGUCAAGUUGAAUUGAGCUCACCGCGCUGAGCGUGGACUGUUUUUUGGUCUUCACCGAGUACGUCUGAAGAGGCUUAGCAAGAUGCCAGGAUUGUUCAAUGCCGAUGUCCUUACAGGGACUAGACGACUGUUCUACGCAGUCACUCCAAAUGAGACAUCAUUUGAGAACCUGGAAGAUGUACCAGAUUAUUUCUACGAGGCUAUUCCCUUCUUUGGUUUGCUGGCUCUCUUGGAGAUGAUUGUAACUAUUGCAGACAAGAAGGUACGAGAGAGGUUCUUCCUCCCUGAUAGCAUCAGUUCCCUCACAGCUGGCAUGUUGCUGCUCCUGACACAGUUCUUAUCUCAUGGCGUUAACAUUGGCUUCUACGUCUGGGUGCAUGAGAAUUAUCGACUGGCCACUUUGGCGUGGGACAGCCCCUGGACUUGGAUCAUUUGCUUUGUGCUGGUGGAUCUGGGUUACUAUUGGAUGCAUAGAAUGUCACAUGAAGUCAACAUCUUCUGGGCUGCUCAUCAAGUUCAUCAUAGCUCAGAGGAAUACAAUCUCACCACCGCACUUAGGCAGUCCAUUUGCCAGCGAUUUGUGUCAUGGAUGUUCUACCUUCCGUUGGCCUUCGCUAUCCCCCCGCCCAUAUUUAUGAUGCAUCAACAGUUCAACACCCUCUACCAGUUCUGGAUUCACACAAGGGUUAUUAAAAGUCUUGGUCCCUUGGAGUACAUUCUAAACACACCAAGUCACCACAGGGUUCAUCAUGGCCGGAAUCGUUACUGCAUUGAUAAGAACUAUGCAGGAACUCUCAUCAUCUGGGAUCGAAUGUUUGGCACCUUUGAACCUGAAAGUGAGCCAGUUGUUUUUGGAUUGGUUCAUCCACUUGAAUCAUACAACCCACUUUACACUCAGUACUGUCACUAUAAAUACAUCUUGGAGACAGCAUGGAACAUGCCAGGAUUGACUAACAAACUCUGGGUAUUCCUGAAAGGACCAGGAUGGAUGCCUGGAUUACCAAGGCAAGGAUCCAUUGAAGACAUACCGGAUAUUCAUUACCCGAUGCCAAAGUACCGACCUAGACUGCCACAUUGGAGUCAUGUUUAUAUCAUCAUUCAUUUUGCCGUCAUUUUCUACGUCUAUGAUGCUUUCAUGACUUCUCUGAAGACGCUGUCCCAAACUGCCACCAUCUGUGGCAUGACGUACAUCAUCUUUUCAUUGACGUGUCUUGGAGCGAUCAAUGAUGCCAAACCUGCAGCUCCUUUCCUUGAAGUCUUCCGUUCCUGCUUGGUCCUGGUUGCUGAGGCUGUCGCCAUUUCCUACCUUCCCAUAAUGCAACGAGGUUCCUCCCAGUUGGUGUUCUACAUUCUGAGGUUAGUGUUUGGCUUGUCAGUGGUGGUCUGGCUGCCAAAGUGUGUGUCAGUGCUCACACAGAGAAAGAACAAGGCCGAGUAGGGUUAACCUGCAGAUGGAUCCAUAUGCACGCACGCAAGAGGGCGCUGUUCUUGUCACGUCAUUGCAUCCUGUUUUUACAUCUGCCACGGAAUAUUGUCAUGCAAGACUGGCAAAUUGUUUGCUGUACAUAUUCACAUGUAUGUUAAAAUUGUAGCAAAUCAUGUUGGAACUAUGCUUGGAGCAAAAAUUGAUUUUUUAUAACAGCAUCAAUUAUUUCUUUUUUUCCUUUUUUGGCAAAUUCAAUGCAAAUUUUAAAGAAUGCAGUAUAUGAAUAUGUACUUAUAUAUCAGAGUGUUUCAAAUGCAAUGCAAACAAGUGAAAAUGUAAACCACUUCAUGGAAAAAAAAAAUCUUACCACAGUUAUCAAGUAUGGGAUUUUUUGUCGGGGGGAGGGGAAUUCAGUGCCAAUUGGUAUGAAUGUGAUGUACAGACAUCAUGAUAAUUGUACAUCUGAGUUUUAAAUACAAUGCAAAAUGGUGGAUUAUUAUGUCUUAUAUAUAGUAAUAUUGGUUUUGUCUUCUGAGAUUAAUUACACCCAGAAAUGUACCAUCAAGACUCCAAUGGUAUCAGGUGCUUCCAAAGCUUUGUAUGUUAUCCAUUCCCAGAUGACUGAGGUCUGAUUCAGAGCAACAAAUCCAAAAUAAUUGGCCAUUUUUCCUCUUUUAUGUCAAUGUAAAUACAUCGAAAUUGCAUGCUAUUUACGGUAAGUCUGAUAAUUUCAGAAAAACAAAAUUGACGACAAGCUAAGAACAUUUCAUAUUAUUGCUUAUAUCCUCUAACCUUGUAAUCUCAAGUAACACCAAAAUAGAGUGAUUUUGGUACUUUCUAGAGCUUUAUGCGUAAAAUUGUUUAGUUAACCUUGCUUUUUCACCAAUGUAUAAUUUACUGUGCUUGAUCAGUUUUAUCAUAGAGUAUUGGUUCAUACAAAACAUCGAUUGUACUAAUGUUUGAAGUUGUAUUGCUGCUUAAGGAAACUAGAAUGCAUGGGUAAUGCAAAUGGUAAGCAAAGUCUUUUAUCGAAUUUGUCUAAACUUGAAUGAACGCCAAGGCUAUAGCCUAGCCAGUUUUUCUUCUCUUGAGUCACUGACAUGACUAUUUUUUCCAUCAACUAGGAUGGUGUUCAACCACCAUCUACUCUUGAGCAUUAUAAUCCACAAAUGAUGUCAAAGACAAACUUUGCCUUCAGAAAUAACAAAUGUCAAAAGGCAUUCCCUCUAAGAACAGACUCAGAAUGCAGAAAUAGGUUGAAGGUUACAACACUGGUUGCUCAAUUGUUUAUUGCAAUUAAGAAAUUUUAUCAGAGCUGUAAAAGCCAAGUAAACUGUCCAAACAUAUUUUAAACCAAAUGGUAAUCCAUCCAUCCGAAAACAUAAUUCACUUCCCAGCACUGGAAAUGUCUGUUAACUAAAUCCAAGAAAAUCAUGCAGUUCACAGCUUUCACAACAGGACCACCAAUGCAAUUUACAACUAAUUUUAUGCAAUUUCUUUUU